AGUUACGGGGAGUUAUAGCCACGUCGGCGAAAGAAGGGUCCCUUGAAAGGGCUGGGAAAUGGCUUAACAGAUGUAUUAUUCGUUUUUUAAAGAUGUAGCCACUCUUUUUGAGAUUGGUACAAAUAUCAAAUUGGUUGUAAAUCUCUCGGCUGAAUGUUAGAAAUGGUCGCGGCGGAGUAGGCCUUUGUCACGCCUCGGACUCGCGUGAGAACGUAAGCGGACCGAGAGAGCUCUGGUCCGGGGGGGCGACUUUGUGUCGUGGAACCGUUUACUUAGAAAGUCUAAUAGCUAACUGUGCAUGCCCAUGCAUCUGCAGCUGUCUACCAUCCACUCAGCCGCUGUCAACAGGAACAGACUCUCCAGGAGAUGGACGUAGAGACCUACAGACAUGAUCGCACCAGCCAGAAAGGAUUUUGUGUCUCUAGCAGUAGAUGAAAGUGGGGCUUAUACGAAUGGCAAACAGCGCAAGCAGUCAUACUUGAGGAAAUGGAAGCAGUUGUCCAGCCUGCAGCGCAGCCUUAUCCUGUUUGUUCUGGUUCUGCUCCUGAUCAGUGGGAUUGCCGGAUACCCCGGUCUCUUGACACAUUGGGGAGCUCAGUCAGACACAGCAGAAGGAGGGAACGAUGGUGGUGGGAUGCUGUCACAAAUCGAGAUGAAGAGUGAAGGCAAAGCUAUUCUGCUCGAGCCUCCUUCAGAGAGAAAGGGCUUUCGUAAGCGAGGACCACCCAUCCUACAGAACCGCUCACAGUUUAAAGGAAAUGGCUCUGAGCCACAGGGAGUGGAGAUGAAGAAGAUGGUGCAGGAGGAGGAUGGGAACAAGUCCCUAAUCAGUUGGCGUGGCGCCGUGAUCAAAAUGGACGAAGUCACGGAUACUAAGAAGAAAGAGAUGCUGCCUGAGUCCGAGGACUCGUCAGUAGUGGCGAGCAGGCUGGAGGCAGUGAGGGAGGCUUUCCGACAUGCCUGGAAAGGCUACAAAGACUUUGCUUGGGGUCAUGAUGAGCUCAAACCCAUUUCAAAAUCUUACACUGAAUGGUUUGGACUGGGACUAACUCUUAUUGAUGCACUGGAUACUAUGUGGAUUUUGGAGCUGAAAAAAGAGUUUGAGGAAGCCAGGCAGUGGGUGGCCACACAGCUGUCCUUUGAGAAAAACGUGGACGUGAACCUGUUCGAGAGCACCAUCCGUAUACUGGGCGGCCUGCUCAGCACUUACCAUCUGACCGGUGACGCAUUGUUCCUGGACAAAGCUAAAGACAUCGGCUCCAGGCUGAUGCCCGCUUUCAGCACACCGUCAAAGAUCCCAUACUCAGACGUGAACAUCGGUAGUGGUGUGGCUCAUCCACCACGCUGGACCUCUGAUAGCACUGUCGCCGAGGUGACCACUACACAGCUGGAGUUCCGCGAGCUGAGCCGACUCACCGGAGAUCCCAAAUACCAGGAUGCAGUAAUGGAAGUAAUGAAGCAGGUGCACAAACUGGAAGGGAAGCACGAUGGCCUGGUGCCCAUGUUCAUCAACACCAACAACGGGCAGUUCACUCACCUGGGCGUGUACACGUUGGGUGCCAGAGCUGACAGCUACUAUGAAUACCUGCUCAAGCAGUGGAUUCAGGGAGGCAAGAUUGAGACCGAGUUGUUGGAGGACUACAUGCAGGCGGUGGAGGGGAUUAAAAAGAACCUGCUGAAGAAGUCUUCUCCUCUUGGCCUUACGUUUGUAGGAGAGCUGUCUCACGGACGCUUCAGCCCCAAGAUGGAUCAUUUAGUGUGCUUCCUGCCUGGCACGCUGGCCCUGGGGGCGCACCACGGCCUGCCAGUCGAGCACAUGGAGCUGGCAGGGCAGCUGAUGGAGACCUGCUACCAGAUGUACACACAGAUGGAGACAGGCCUGAGUCCUGAGAUAGUGCACUUCAACAUGGAGGCAGGCAGCACACAGGAUGUGGAUGUUAAACCUGCAGACAGACACAACCUGUUACGGCCAGAAACCGUGGAAAGCCUCUUCUACCUGUACCGGUUCACCAAGGACAAGAAGUACCAGACCUGGGGUUGGGAGAUCUUUCAAAACUUCAAUAAAUACACCAGGGUUGAAACUGGUGGUUACACCUCCAUCAAUAAUGUGCGGGACCCGAAGUCUCCCAGUCCACGAGACAAGAUGGAGAGCUUCUUCCUGGGCGAGACACUCAAAUACUUCUACCUGCUGUUUUCAGACAACUUGGACCUUAUUAACCUGGACACAUACAUCUUCAACACAGAGGCCCAUCCUUUGCCCAUAUGGCCAAAGGCUAAGUGAUGGACACAGCCUCUCUCUCUUUCUCUCUCUGUCUCUCUUUCUCUCUCACACACACAAACACACACACUCUUCUCUCAGGGCUUUACAGAAAGACUUCUCAGUUCCUUUGAUAUCUAAACUGCCUUGUUUCUUUUUCCUGUUUUGGGAACAAGAAUCUUUUCGUAAUUGGAUUUUAUUUAAUUAGUGACAAUUUCUAAAAGCAUUUACUAAAGACACAAGAUACACGCACAAAUCAGAAUACAGACUGAUGAAGCUUCUUUUAUUACAGCAUAAAUCUCAUCGUUGCUCUACACAAUUUCAUUAGUGCUGAAUGAGAACACAUCCAAUUCUCUAUGCUGUGGAUUAUCAAUCGUAUCUAGCAGGACUGUGCUUAACUUCUCAUCCUCCAUCGUCAGAGAAGGAGGCUUCAGAGUCGACUGUGACAUGAUUAUAGCCUAAGCCACAGCACUGUAGGGCACAGUGAGAGAGCAAGACGAAGGGCGACAGGCAUGAAUUACUGUUGUUAGCCUUCGGGUUUUUUUAAUCGUUUAUAUCUGUGCAGUUUUAUUCAGUCCAAGAGUUGAAUUCACUUUCAAACUGUGAACCUUUUUGUACAGACCGAGCACUUUAUUGCGUCCCCCAUCCCCUUUGCCAUCAAAUCUGUCCGUGACAUUUUAUUUUUCCACUUUGUGUUGAGUUUUUAUCCCUUAAAAGGAAAGUUUGUGUACUUAUUUUAUAUAUACUAUAUAUUUUUUCUGUGCUGACUUGAGCACAGAGCUCACUGCCAUUCCUGUAUAUAGGGAAAGUAACAUUAUGUUUUGGUGUUGUAACAUUUCUCUGUUUUAUUUUGUAAUUCUACCUGAUCCUAUUUGUGCAGGAGUCUAGGUGAUAGUAUACACCCAAACCAUGGACCAGUAAUUCAUCAAUAAACUUAGAACGGAAGACUUGCGAGGAACUUCCCUAUUUCGUUGUUGCUUUUUGUUUUUAAACCCUUAUUUUGGUAAAUCAUGUGACGAUUAUCCCUGCCUCCUGAGCUACGAUUGGCUGUUAGUUGUUGUUUCAAAGCCAUAUAAACACUGGACAGUUAAGGAGCCAGACUGGAAAAAGAUGACUCUACACUAUAUGUACAGAGUAAUAGUCAGUCUGUCAGUUUAAUUCUGUCUUAAAUUUCCUUGUACCACAGCGCUCUUGAAUUCUCGAAUCUGACUGGUUAGGAGGUGUUGCUUAAUUUCUAUAACAGUAGCUUGCAGUAGACUUCAAAGCAAAUCACAGGUUUAUACUAAUGCACUCGAUCUAAUACGCUGUUGUUUCUAUAGUAAUGACUAACAUUAUAUGGAGCAUCUGCCAUACGAGUCUAAGACUGAUUAUAUGCAGAUUAAAAUGUUAUUUAAACAAAGAAAAAAUUAUAGUCAUGUUAAUGAAAUGGUGACGUUUUCUGUAAGGAGAUUUGUUUUGCAUUUCUGGAAUGAGUCUCCAGUGCCAGCGCUUUGUAACAAUCAGUGGUAAAGCUGUAAUUUUUUUUUUUUAGACACGAAGAAUUCUUCAGGAUGGAGGGCUUUACAUUUUCCUAGUAACUUAGAAUAAGCUGCGUUUUUGGUCCUGUUAACUCAGAGAGAGGAAAAAAAUGAGGCUGUUUACAGCUGUUAUAACAUACGUUACAACAGGGACUUGCUUAUUUCGCAGGCGUUCCACAGUAAAUGUAACUAUAAACUGAUAAAGUUUUUUAGUUAAAUAGUAAAUUGUUAGUGUUGGCAGUUUGCUGUGGUUGAGGAAGAGGAAUAAUCAGUGCCCCCUCUGUGGCUGAUUUUCCUAAAACAUUUAUUCCUUACAUAUUUCUUAUCAGGUGUCAUUAGCGUUGUCUUUUUCUAACGUAAUAGACGUAACAUCUGUGAUAGCACAUCACCUUGUUCAUAUGAUGACGUAUUUUAGACCAUGGUGGGUUUAAUAGCUGUAUCUUGCUCAUUACAGCUGACUGAAUAGACGUUGCUUUAGUCUGAACUAGCUCAGAGCCAAGAAGGGCUGAAAAGACUGAAUUUGUGAAUCAUGUGUUGUUCUGCUUGUGCCUUUUGAAUCUUUACUGAGCAAUGAUAAUGAAGUCUAUUUUGAUUCCUGAGACUCAUGUUUUGUAUUGAAAUGUCACAUAUCCCAUGAAUAUGGCUGUGGUUUUAGUGUUUACAGAUUUGUUGUAGAUACUAAGAAAUCUUUUUGUGCUUAUUUAUGAUCGAUUCUAUGAAGAUUAACUUAAAUCACUGAUCAAUGAAACCAGCUCACAUGCAUUUUAUAGUAAUGUGUUAAUGUACAAAUGGCCAAUGUUCAUAUUUUACAUAUACAAUUAAGGGCUUUGUAUGUAUUUUUUUCCAGUGAUGAAUGUGCAAGUUUCUUAAAUUAUUAUUGUCCUUCUAGAGAUUGACCAAAGACAGUGCUGUUCAAAGACCUGAAUUAAUUUUUUUUUUUUUUGGGGCGGGGGGUUCUUGAUGCUGAAACCAAUAAUUCAAAUUUGUGUUUAAUGCUGAUGUUGUUAAUGUAAAAAAAUUUAAGCUAAAGUAGUCUGUCAUGGUUCAAUGCUUUAAGAGUUUGGACAAUGUAUGUGAUGUGAGGUUGUGCAAAAGAAAAGCUUUUGUCAAUAAACAAUUUCAAAAUCUCUUGUAGAAAGAGAUACAAGUGA